GUUCACUUGGAAAUUAUGAAGAUUUCGUUUUUGAAUGGAAGUCUCCGUCCACUCCCAGCCCACCACGCCACCAACUCCACGCGAAACUUCAUCUAUCCGAAUAAUUUAAUAAUUAAUUCCUUCCCGCAGAAGAGAAAAAUAAUACGUGGAGCCCACAAUCAUUGCGAGAUCAGAUCCAAUCUGAUCCCUGACGCCUCCUGCGUCGACUAGCCAGCGCCCGAACCGCAUUUCCAUUCCCUUCGUCGCUCCGGAUCGACCCACCACCCGGCCCCUCCGCCGCACCAAAGGGAUGGGCGAGCUCUCCGCCGCCGAUCACGCCUCUCCCCGUCUUCCCCCUCCGCUGCCGUCGCCGUCGCCUAAGAAGCUGUCGGUGCUCCCCCUAAUCGCCCUCAUCUUCUACAACGUCUCCGGCGGCCCUUUCGGCGUCGAGGACUCCGUCUCCACCGGCGGGGGCCCUCUGCUCUCGCUCCUCGGCUUCCUCAUCUUUCCCCUUUUGUGGUCGCUCCCGGAGGCGCUCGUCACCGCCGAGCUCGCCGCCAGCUUCCCCGAGAACGGGGGCUACGUCCUCUGGAUCUCCUCCGCCUUCGGCCCCUUCUGGGGCUUCCAGGAGGGCUUCUGGAAGUGGAUCAGCGGCACCAUGGACAACGCCCUCUACCCUGUCCUUUUCCUCGACUACCUCAGCCAGUCCCUCCCCCUCUUCGCUCGGCCCGCCGCCCGCGUCCCCUCCCUCCUCGCCCUCACCGCCGCACUGACUUUCCUCAACUACCGCGGCCUCCACAUCGUCGGCCUCGCCGCCGUCGCCCUCACCGCCUUCUCCCUCUCCCCCUUCGUCGUCAUGGCUCUGCUCGCGGUCCCCCGCAUCCGCCCCCGCCGCUGGCUCGCCGUCGACCUUAAAAAAGCCAACUUCAGGGGAUACUUCAACAGCAUGUUCUGGAACCUCAACUACUGGGACAAGGCCAGCACCCUCGCCGGCGAGGUCGACGACCCUAGCCGCUCCUUCCCGCGGGCCCUCUUCGGCGCCGUCAUGCUCGUGAUGGCAUCUUACCUGAUCCCCCUUCUCGCCGGCACGGGAGCGCUCGACACCUCCACCACCGGCGAGUGGAAAGACGGCUACUUCGCCCAGGUCGGCAUGGCCAUAGGCGGCGCCUGGCUCAGCUGGUGGAUCCAAGCCGCCUCCGCCAUGUCCAACAUGGGCUUGUUCGAGGCCGAGAUGAGCAGCGACUCCUUCCAACUGCUCGGCAUGAGCGAGCUGGGAAUGCUGCCGGCCAUCUUCUCGAAGAGGUCCAAGUACGGAACUCCGACCACCAGCAUCCUAUGCUCUGCUUCCGGCGUCCUGCUCCUGUCGUCGAUGAGCUUCCAGGAAAUCAUCGAGUUCCUCAACUUCCUCUACUCCCUCGGCAUGCUCCUCGAGUUCGCCGCCUUCAUAAAACUCAGAGUAAAGAAGCCAGAGCUCCACAGGCCGUACAGGAUCCCGGUAGGAACCGGAGGUGCCGUGGCCAUUUGCGUACCUCCGACAGUUCUGCUGGUCCUCGUCAUGUGCUUGGCUUCGAUGAGGACCGUGGCCGUGAGUGUAAGCGUCAUGCUGGUCGGGUUUCUGCUACACCCUGCGAUAGAGCAGCUGAGGAGCAGGAAAUGGGUUGCGUUUCUCGCCACCGCUGAGCCGCCGGAGAGCUUCUCCAGCGCCGCCCUGGUGCAGGACCAAGUGACCAUCGACGACGAUGCUUCUGUAAGCCUCUUGCUGGACCAUUCGCAUGCCAAGAAGGAGCCUCUGGACUUGGCAAUUUCGUUGGAUAGUGCCUUAAAAAUGGAGUGAAACAGAGUUAAAAACAAUUUGUAUUAGAAAUUUCGAAGCUACCUUACACAAUAAUUAAUGAAAAAGUUAAAAUAGAUUGAUUGUAUACUA